CACACGCACCACCACGGACCGAGGCAUUCGCAUUCGCAAGGCACCGACGCCCAAAAAUAACUAGGCGUCCCCACAAAUCGCUCCACCUUCCUUCCUUCCCUCCCUCCCUCUCUCUCUCUCUCUCUCCCCUCCUCCUCGCUCCGCUGCGCUUGAGCUGUCCUGGCCUGGCCCCGAGAUCCACGCCGCAUCCUCUCCGUCUCCGGCGCCCUACACUCGCCUCCGGCGGCCCACACGCUGCGUCCUCCUCGUGACCUCCGGCUGCGGCCGACCGCCGGUUUUGCUUCCUUCCCGGUCGUCCAGGGAGCGGAGAGCACACUGGGCACGGCAGGAGGAGAGGCACGAGGAGGUGGGAUUCGAUUCCCAAGAGGCGCGGUACGGUACUAGCCUGAGCGAGAGGGCAGCCGGCCGGCUGGCUGGCUGGGCGCCGGUGACGGACGUGCUCGGCCUUCCUGCGAGCUCGCCAAGUUGGCAGGCCGGGUGCUGUUGUUGGAGCGCGUGGAGCAAGCCAAGCGGGAGGAGGCCUUGCUCGUAGCUGCAUUGGGCGGUGAUAUCUCCGAGGAGGCAGCCGAUUUCAUCCCGGGAGGAGCCUCCCAGCCCUCGGACGCUCCCGGCGCCCUAUAGGUGCCUCUCGCUCCGCUUCCGCUUUGGUCCAUGGUCCAUGGGGUGGAAGGUGGCGUCAGGGGGUAAGGCGGCGGCCCCGGCGGCGCCCGGCGGCGACAAGCUCAGGUUCCCUCCCUCCUCCUCCGCCGCCGCCGCGCGGUCGCGGAUGAAGCUCUGGCUCGUGCGCGCCACCACCACGGUGCUGCUCUGGACCUGCGUCGUGCAGCUCACCGCCGUCGGGGAUACCUGGGGCCCAAGGGUGCUCAAGGGCUGGCCAUCCUGCCUCACGCCGCACGACGAGGAGGCGGCCGCCGCCGCCGCGCGCCCGCGGCAUCCUCUCGUCGUCGACAGGGCCGCCGCGCUGCCGCUGCCGCCCAAAAGAAUAUAUAGGAACAAUGGUUACUUGAUGGUGUCUUGCAACGGUGGGCUUAACCAAAUGAGAGCUGCAAUAUGUGAUAUGGUUGUAAUUGCAAGAUAUUUGAAUGUAACUUUAGUUGUGCCAGAGUUGGAUAAGACUUCAUUUUGGAAUGAUCCAAGUGAGUUCCAAGAUAUAUUUGAUGUCGAGCACUUUAUAACCUCAUUACGAGGUGAAGUUCGCAUUCUGAGAGAAUUACCCCCAAGGGUAAAGAGAAGAGUUGAACUUGGAAUGUUCCAUUCCAUGCCACCAAUUAGUUGGUCUGAUAUCUCCUACUAUCAAAAUCAGAUUCUUCCUUUGAUUCGUAAGUACAAGGUUCUCCAUCUGAAUCGAACUGAUGCCAGGCUAGCAAACAAUGGUUUACCAAUGGAGAUUCAGAAACUGCGAUGCCGAGUAAAUUAUGCCUCUCUCAGAUUUACCCCACAAAUUGAAGAGUUGGGCAAGCGAGUAAUUAGAAUUCUUCGCCAAAAUGGACCUUUCUUGGUGCUUCAUUUACGUUAUGAAAUGGAUAUGCUGGCCUUUUCUGGCUGUACUCAAGGUUGCAGUACGGAAGAGGCAGAAGAACUCACAAGAAUGAGGUAUGCUUAUCCAUGGUGGAAAGAAAAAGUGAUUGACUCAGACUUGAAAAGAAAAGAUGGCCUUUGCCCAUUGACACCUGAGGAGACUGCUCUUGUCCUCAGAGCACUUGACAUCGAUAGAAGUAUGCAAAUAUACAUUGCUGCUGGGGAAAUAUACGGUGGAAAGCGCAGGAUGGCUGCUCUAACUUCAGCUUACCCGAAUGUGGUGAGGAAGGAGACACUUUUGGAGCCUUCUGAUCUGAUGUUCUUCCAGAACCAUUCGUCACAAAUGGCAGCACUGGAUUACUUAGUAUCUUUAGAAAGUGAUAUAUUUGUUCCAACAUAUGAUGGCAAUAUGGCUAAAGUUGUUGAGGGUCACCGGAGAUUCAUGGGUUACAAGAAGACAGUCUUGUUAGACCGAAAACUCAUUGUUGAGCUAGUGGACCGGUACACAAAUGGUUCUCUGCGAUGGGAUGAGUUCUCUGCAUUGAUCAAGGUUGCGCACGCAAAGCGGAUGGGAUCAGCUUCAAAGAGGAUGGUGAUUCCUGACAGACCCAAGGAAGAGGACUAUUUCUAUGCCAAUCCCCAAGAAUGCCUCCAGGAUCGUGAUUUUUUGCAAACCUCAUAAUAUCCUUUCAUGUCUAUAUACCAUAUUCACAUUAUACCAUUCUUUCACAAACACAACUGAACCCAAAAGCAAAUACUUUGGAGCCAGAAAGGCGACUCGGCUUCUGUCGAGUCAUAGAUGAGGCCAAUCUGUAAACUUGAGGGAGGGAGGGAGAAAAGGGGGGUUGGAUGUAGUUGGUAAAUACACAUUAUAGAAUGGAGGGGGGGAUUUGUUAAUUCCCAAAUAAGAAAAGUGAUGGACUUGUAUAGAUGAUGGUGAUAGAAUUACCGCUAAGAAGAAUGUAACUUAAGAGAGAACUGAGAUGCAGCUGGGUUCCUGCAUCCGGUCUUGCGUUGUGUAACAUAGCAGUUGUUCUUGAUAGCCGCCUCCAUUGUCCCCACCGGCGAAAUUUUGGCAAUCAUGUUGAAAGAUGUAUACACUUUUUAUUGUAUCGAUACAACCUGUAUUAUAUAUGUAAAUUGUGCAGAAUGUUUCUACCA